UUUGGAGAUGAUUUCCAAGUAUUAAAUUGAAGGUAUUAAAACUUCUCAAAUUUGCUACAUACUUUGGAAUUCACACAGAAUUCUCCAAGAUCGUUACGUUUAUAUUGCAAAUUUUAUGUUUCAGCCUGAAUUACUGGAGUUUCUAGUGUUGAUAACUAUUUUUUAAACAAUAAACAUUAUGUCGUUUUGUAUAACUAAGGAUAAAACUUUGCAAAAAAGCACUCUACAAUUCUUAUAUGACGAAAAUACUACUGAAGAAACCAUAAGAAUACAAGAGACCUUUGGUGGCAUUCUAUCCAAUUUAAAUUAUGCGUGGCUUGUGAGAAAAUCAAAGUUUUUGGUGGUUAAUUGUAAAAAUGGCUUAAGAGUUGGCUCGUGGGAUUUUGGUAAUUCGCUUCAAGACGAUACAGCAAAGAUCAUUGCAGUCGAAGAAAUUCAGAGACCUAAUGGAAAAGAACCCCAUCUAAUAAUAUCUGUAAAUUGUGAAACUAGAGGCGGUUUAAUAUGUAUAUUUGAUUUUGUGGGGUCUAAAAUAAUAAGAGCAAUUCAAGUUGUAGAACAUAUUACCACUAUACAUGUUAUAGACAGAGGACAAGAUCUUUUCAGUUUGUCCGGACCUUUAAGAAAUUUUGAUGGAGUACUUGCUGUUGGUACAGUGGGAGGAAAUGUUUUCAUCUUGGAUAUUUGUAGGCAAUUAUGCUAUGAAGGUUUCAAUUCAAUUGAAACUCGUGAUGAAUUGAAUCCAUGUCCUAUGCAAGUAAUUACAUCUAGAAACCUUAAAGAUUUGGAAAAUUAUAAAACGAUUGCUUUAUGUAAUGUUUCACAUUUAGCGAUCUUUCUCAAUGUGGUGCAUAAUAGGAAAACUGAACACUUCGUUCUCAAAAAUCCAGAUGGAUUGGAUAGUGUGCAUGUUAAUAGGGAAGAAGUUUUAGUCAGUGCGCUCCAUUAUUGCCCACAAUUAGGUUCAAUAUUAGUUGGUUAUAAUUUUGGUGCUUUUCAACUGUGGAACCUUAUGAGUAUGGAAUUGAUUUAUACUUCACAGAUAUGUGAUGAUCACAUACCUAUCAUAAAAUUUGCCAUUCAGGAACCUGCUGAUGAUCCCCGAGCAUUUUGUUAUAUAUGGGCCGUUUACAGCACUGAUGAUCUAGAAUCUAAAAUUUUACCUUGCUUAGUAAUGUUUGCUUUGUGUUAUGAGACUAAAGAAUUUCAUGAGAACUAUGGUGUUUUGUAUGAGAAAUUUCAAGGUUGUACUGUACGUUUUCAAAGAGAACUUGGUUACGGCAAUAAUAUAUCAAAUAUGAAGCCACCAAUAGGUGGUAAAUGUUUGAGACUCGAUUCAUUGGUCUUGAAAAACUUGAACACCAAUAAUGAUAUAUUUGGCAACGAUGGGGCAGAAGAUGCACUGUCUUUAUGUGUCACAGCUUGGAAAGUGGUGUGUGAAGAUGGGCAGCAAUUGACAUUCAUGUCUGUGUUUGAUCUGAAUCAAUGGUAUAAAGCUCAAAUGCCUAAUUCCUCAAACUUCGACGAGUGUGCAAGUUAUAUGAUGACACUGUGCAUUUCUGAUUUGACUCUAACUGAGAGCGAGAAUGAAGUCGAAGUACUUGAUGUAAACUUGCACAAAAAAACAAUUCAACAAUUCGUAGGCACGCAGAGACUGGAAGAACACUACUAUCCGUCUUCUUUGUCAUUUGAAACUUCUUGUUUAUUAGAGCACAAAAUAGUGAAUAUUCAAUACCAAGGUGUUCAAAAGGCCUUAUUAUGUCAACUGCAAACAUCUGGACCAUUGUGUUUAAUCAGACCAUCAGAUACUUAUCAAGAAAUUAUAGCUUUAGGGCUUACUCCAUUAUUUGUUGACUUGAACACGACUUCCGCUAUUACCAGUCUGAAUAAUCAAAGAGAAGUUAUCCUAAAUGUUGCGUUAGAACAACAGUUAACAAGCUGGCUCUGUAAAUGCGCAUCUGAAUGGGCAAACGGUAGUUUCUCUUCUGCCGGCUGUUCCUUAGAUUUACUCACUUCUUGGGCUUUUCGAAGAGCCAUAGCCUUGAAACGGCAAUGUGAUUAUUUGAGCGUACCCUUAUUUGAUUAUUCAGAUGAUAAAUUAGAUGCGAAUACUGUCAACAUACUCAGUAAUUGCAUCAGGCAGAUUAAAAUUAUUUCUUUUGUUUUUUCAUUUAUACUGAGUAAACUUUCAUCCUACUUGACUAACAAAGAUGUAAUAUCUGAACAGUACAAAAAUCUCCAAAUGAUUGAGAUGUAUUUCGAUGUUUUACAAUGGUUCUUCAACGUUGGCCUUUUACCUGAAUAUCCCCCAUUCAGUACCAACCCAGUAGCGCAAGAAAGUAAAGUUAGAGCCCCUUAUCCAGUGAGGGAGUUGGAGGAAUACUAUAAGAAAAAACGUUCAGAACUUAUGCUUGCGAUGAACAGAAAAUUUGCAUCAAAGACGAGCAUCCUUUUCAUAGAUAGUCUGAUAAAUGUGGAAUGUGGUGGCGACCGUCUGGGGAAAGACUGGGAGAAAGAUGGUGGUGACGGUUUCUACCCUCCAAGGUCACUUCAGGCACUCUUACGAACCUACUUACUUGAUGGAAUCGAAGUUUGCAAUAAGCAUUCCGUGAUCAUUUAUCUCCUGGUGGAUUUAGCGGUGAUACUGGACUUACAGUAUAAAAAUGUUCUAACGAAUCUAGUAAAAUUCCCAGCUGUCUUCAAAGUUAGCCCUAGUUCCAUCAAAAUCACUCACGCCUUUUGGCAACUAGAUCAUGGCGAAUUCAAUUCGGCUAUAGAACAUCUUCUGGAUCCAAUGGUCAAUCAAAAUGAUUUGAAGAACUGGCACCACAAAGUGGCCCUCAAGUCUUUACUUGUCCAAGAACAACAUAAUCUUGCUCUACUUUAUAUGAAUGUUAGGAAGCCACCCAUUAUAGAUGAUGAGGACGUUUUAUGCGCUCUUAGUCUUUUUAUUUCAAAUAAUAUGCUGGAUGAAGCAUUUUAUCUUGAAAAGAACUUUAAAGAUUACACUAAUUCCAGAAGGAUUAUUAAACAUCUAUUCAAAGAAUGCUGCAAUUAUGGACGUUUGAGUAGUAUCAUAUAUAGAAACCUAACUGCCGAAGAAGAAGAACAAUUUUUGAAAUAUUUGGAUGAAGUCGACCAUCCUGAAGCUGCUGACUUGAAGAUAACGUAUUUCAUGCAGAGAUCUCAUUACAUAGAAGCUUUCAAAACCUAUCAGGCAUGCGAAGAUGAUCCAAUGAAAAAAGGAUUGAUCAGUAGAUUGAACCUGAAGGCGCGUGAUCAAAUUGUUCACAGUUACAAAAAAUUCCUACCCACAGUGAGUUAUAAGUUCAUCGAAAGUUGCACAACGGAGCUUAACCCUACGUUAUGGAAAGAAGUAUCCAGGCCAGAUCCCAUGUCAGUGUGUGUACAAAAAGGUGAUGAAAAAACUGAAUAUAAGUCUUCACUCAUUCUGGCUGCACUGGCAAAGGCUAAACUUACAUUCAAUGAAAGUGUACAAAAUGUUUCAUUAGCGAAUGCCACCACUGAAGAAAUACCAUUCUUGAGAACUCCAACUUUAAUGCCAACCAAGAAAAGAUCUUCGGUGCAAAUAAUCAUUCCAAAAAUUGUUCUGAAUGAUGGGUUCGAAGAAGAAGAUGGUCCCACUCCUCCAAAGAGAUCAAAAUUAUGUUUAUCCUCUUUCUCUAAGUUGUCGGAAACUGGCGCUGAUUUUAAUUCAUCAAUACUCAGUACACCUAUCAUAGCAAGGAAGAAUAGGGGUGGUAUGUCUUCCGCUGACAGAAAUGCCAAGGAUGUGGCUUCAACACCUGCAAGUAUCUUAAAGGUGAGAAAUUCGUACAAGAAAGAUUUCCAGAAUAUUUCGUCACCAAUUAUGACCAGCGGAUCGUCAAGUACGCCUUUGCGACCAUCUGAGCAUAAAACCAUUGUAUCGGGAAGGAAAUCGACGCGUGUUUCUAUGGUGAGAUUCGAUGUGCCCUCAUCGUCAUCUGAAGAACCUUCGUCUUCUCUGAAGUUGAACUCUAGUGAAAGGGACGCUCGAACUCCCGAAAAAAAUGAGACAAUUUCUUUCGAGAAUUCUUCGAGGAGUGUCUCUCAAUCCUUAACUCCUAAGAAUGCAUCUGAUACGGACGAUAUCUAUUAUUCCCCCAAUUCUUCACUGAAUAACAUAGAGGAACUUCCAAAAGACAAGAGCGACGAUGAGAACGACGCAAAAAAGGAUCAAGAAUUCACUUUGAAACUUUCACCGGAAAAACCAGAGGUCAUCAAAAAAGCCGAAAGAGUGAAACUUGUAGAUUACGAUGCUUCAUCAUCUUCUAAAGAGGGAACGGAUCCUAGUUUGACUUCUUCGCCAAGGGGUAGAAGGAGUUAUAGAAAACUGUCAUCUGAUACAACUCACGUCAGAUCGAGCCCUAGAUUGAGUCGGACUUCAGCAGUCACUGAACGCGAGAGAGGAGGAAGUGAUAAAACAAUAGCAAAUAAUGCUCCUUCUCCAUCUUUCUUGUCUCUCAACAAGGGGAGAAAAUCAUUGAAUCGAAAAGUAUUAGAAGCUAAUACACUUGCGAGAGUAUCUUCUGAUGAGCAUACUGUGGAAACGAGUAGAACCGAAAUCUUUAGGGAAGAAAAGAAGACUUCAAGUGUGUUUAAUGACAAUGAAAAAACAGAAACUUCCCAGAUUACCAUUGAAUGUACCACUAAGAGUUAUUCUUGUACCACAGAAGCCAAUAUGGAUUUAGACAGUGCUAAAUUAGAUGGGAAUCAAGAGUCGGCUGAUUCUUCUGUUGAAAUUAGCAAAAAUAAAACCAUCGAGUCCACAGACGCUCAAAGUUCAGAUUCUGGCAGUAAAAAAGAUGAAGAAAAUAUUUCUGAUAUGAUCUACGGUGAUCUUGAUAGUGGAGAUGGUCAAGACUCUGAAAUGAACUGUGACUUGAACAAAGUCAUCUCAAUCCAGGAAUCAAAUAUCGAUAAGGAGGAAAAUAAUAAAAUCGACUCUCAAUCUGAUGCUGACAUAACUUCAAAAGGUGUAGAAUCUGAUAGCAAAACAGUUACUAAGAAGAAUGUUGACAAAAAUUGUACAGAAAAAGAAAAGUCUGAUGACGACAAGAAUAAACCUGUAAAAAGGAUGACGAGGAGAUUGAGUAAGCAAUUAGAAGAACGAGAAAACGAAUCGAUUUGUAGUGAGCAGAAUGAAGAGGUACAAAUGCAGACAGAGAAGAGCAGUGGUGGACAAAGAGGAUCUAUUUCUAGACGAUCCUCUCAUAGCUCUAAGCCCAGUUUGGAUCUGAAUGCAUCAUCUUCAGUGAAUCCAGAUCCGGAACUACCGGAAGAAGCUCCAAGAUCAAUUAGUGCACGAAAGCGAACUAGAAGUGUUGAUUUGUCAUUAAAUUCUCAGUUGCAAGAAGCAAGCGCAAGUACAUCCAAAACAUCAGGAGUUCUCAGAGCCAAACGGAAAUUGAGGAGUGCCAGUGUUGACGUUCCCAUUGCUAUUGACGAGGAAAUUAGUAAAGAAUCUCCAAAAAUCGAUAAAACUAGAAAGAAACCAUCUUCUUUGAGCGGAAUAGAGGUCAUAAAGGAAGAAAAGAAGGGCAAAAAAACACUUGAGCCUAUUAAAGAGGUAGUAAGUUAUAAGACAAGCAGAAGGUUGACUAGGAGGCAGUCAAAUAUCUUAGAACAAUCGCUAGAUAAGAUUGAUUUAUCUGCAAUUGAACCACAGGAUCCUAUUGAGUUAUUGGACAAACCUGAAUUCAAAGGUUCUCCUGACCCCCAAGAGCAAAAGGUAUAUGAAACAUCGCCUUCUUCUACAUCAAGUGCAAAAACAUCUAAUACAGGACGGCCUGCCAGAAGAUCGGGUAGAGCUAAUUCAAAUGCUUCAGAUGAUAGUUUGGCCUCGACCAAAUCGACAUCAAGCCGGCGUAAAGCGGUUACUACCCCACAAUCUAACCCUGUAGCAGGAGGUAGAAGAAAGUUGAGGUCUGCAUCAAGUGAUGGAGAGCCAAAAUCAACUAGACGAGUAAAGGAAAAGACUCCUGAUAUGAGUGAUGAUAGUGGGGAAUCUGACAUUUCAGUAUUGUCAACCAGGAGCAGAAAGUCGAAUACUGAAGAUUCAAGUACUCCAACAAAGAGGAAAAGAAAGGUUGCUUCCAAAUCUGUAUUGCCGGAAAUCAAAGAAGAAAAUUUGGAGGGUGGAUCUCCUGCGCAAAACACAAGGCGAGGAAGGAAGACUGCUAACAAAUAGCCAUAUUUAUUUUGGUUGUUAUGAAAGAGUAAAUAAUGUGUAUAAGGUGUAAUUUCAUUUUUUUUCACUGUAGUUUUUUAUUACUAACACUAGGCUGGAUAAUAAAGAAAACCUCGAAAUUAA